UGAGGGUCCAGCCCGCAGUCACCAGCAGUGUCUCAAAUCCUUCCUCCUCCUGUGCGGUACAGACAGCUCGCUGAUAGUUCGCAGUUUUACCAACAGAUGCAGAAUCGUCUUUAAGGUGACCCUGCUGAAGGAUGUCUUCUACCUCAGAGCACCACCACCCCUUGUACACCACACUGCCCUCGUUCCCCUUGUCCACUCCAGGAGUCCCAGCUAUGCCCAAUGCUACUUUGUGCCAGGAGUGGCAGCAAACCCAUCACCUCCUAUUCCAUCUGGGGAACCUUUCCCUGCUGCUGGGCGUGGUCAUCCCAACUACCCUUGGUCUGCACAUGAUCUUGCUGCGCCUCCUCCUCAUAACAGGAUGUGGUCUCUUAAUUUCAUGGGCGACUCUGUAUAGGUGCAACCUGGAUGUGAUGGUUUGGAACGUGGUAUUUCUGGUGGUCAACUUCAUGCAUUUCUUCUUCCUCGUGUACAAGCGAAGGCCAAUUAAGAUCGACAGGGAGCUGCGGUCAGUCUACAAGCGAAUGUUUGAGCCCCUCCAUGUGAAGGAGGCUCUGUUUCAGAGGCUCACAGGACAGUUCUGCACCAUCCAGACACUGAAGAAAGGCCAGGCCUAUGCUGCGGAGGACAAGACCUCUGUGGAUGAACGUCUCAGCAUUCUCCUCAAAGGAAAGAUGAAGGUAUCAUACAGAGGCCAUUUCCUCCACAACAUCUAUACCAAUUCAUUCAUUGAUUCUCCAGAGUUCAGGUCUACUGAGCUGCACAGAGGAGAGAAGUUCCAGGUGACUAUCAUGGCAGAGGAGAACUGUAAGUUCUUGUGUUGGUCUCGAGAGAGGCUUACCUACUUCCUGGAGUCAGACACUUUCCUCAGUGAGGUGUUCAGGUACCUCAUAGGGAAAGACAUCACCAACAAACUGUACUCUCUGAAUGACCCAACACUCAGUGACAAGGCAGUGAAGAAGAUGGACCGUGAGCCCAGCCUUUGUUCUCAGCUGUCUAUGAUGCAGAUGAGGAACAGCAUGGCGAGUACAAAUGACACUGAUGAUGUUCUCAACCAGAUCCUACGAGGAGGAUCAGCUGGAUCAUCGCUCCAAAAAUCACCUGGCACCAAGAGCUCAAAGAUGAAGCCCAUAGAAGAAGGCAUGGAGGAUGACGUUUUCAAAGAUUCUGCUCCCUCCAAGUCUUACUAUAUGGCCAGCAUUUCCACUGAGGAAGUGUAGCCAGGGGAACUAUACACGUCAUCAAUUUCAUAUUAUACUGUAUAUGCUUUGCAAGUUAACAACUAGAGCCUGAAUGAACACUAGCAUGGCUGAUACUAAUGAAUGUAAAAGACCUGUUUGUGUUUAUUUGGAAAUUGGUGUCCUGCAUUCUUUCUCCACCAUAGUGUGCUGACAAGUUUAUUUUUAUGCUGUAUAAUGUCAGUACAUAUGUUGGUCACAGUUCUUUAUAUCAAUCUUAUCAUGUACACGAAUAAUUAUAUUGGUCUAUAUAUUAUUAUAUUUUUUAAGCUGUGAGCAGCAGAACAGGCUGUAAAACAGAACUGAUAUAUUAUCACCUUACAAAAUUGCUAUGGUGAACAAACAACUGGUCAUCCAACAGACACAAAGCAAUAUUAUCAUCAUGAAGUGGUGUUUGUGUUUACCAGAUGAAUUUCACUCUUCUUAUAGCUUUGGUUUGGUCUUCACCAACUCCCAAGAAAAAUAUCUGGCUUUUUUGAUGCUAAAUGCUUCACUAUGUUCAAAAGCUAGAAACUGUGUCUAUUGUUUGUAUGUUUGGUGCUGAGCAGGUAGUUUUUGGCGAGCUUUUAGAGAUUUUUCCCUCAAAUCAGCUGCCUGCCACUAGAAACAAGGUUGAUGAGAAUGAUGGAUCACACAGGGUCGUUGAGGGUGUGUCACAUGGUGUGUGCUCACAACUAUUUAACAGGGCAAAAUUUUAGUGUUAAUAAUAGUGAAACAUACAAAACCCAUAAUGUUUUGGUUAGCCAUGCUAAAAUACACUAAAAUGCCAAGUGACUGUAAAAGCGGUGUAUUUCACUCCUUCAUGUACAACUCUGUAAAGGUCAUCAUGGCAGCAAUGAGUUUCCCUACCACGUUCACAAUUUCUAGGUAAACAGCAGAAAGCAACAAUGCUUCAUCGGGAAACAACCAUGUUCUUCCUGUGGUUGUUUUCUGUCCAAUCAUCCACUUGCAUAAUUGGCCAAUGCAGCACCUCUCCUGAUGGCGUCACAUUGUGUUUCAGAAAAAGACCAGAUUCUUUUUUUUUCCCUCAAGACUCAGCAUCAGUCUGCAGGACUCCUCUGUGGUGCCAUACCUCACUGCAUAAAUCACAGACUGUAAAUAAAGAUGGAUGUAGCUUCAAUGACGUCACCAACAGGUUUCUAAAGAGAGGUUUUGUCACCUGUCACUCAACGUGGCAUGUCCUUAAUUAUGCAGAGCUUUGAGCCUUAAUAAAAUGUAAAUAGGAAAGUUAUAUAAAAAUUCACGCCCUGUACAGUUGUCAUUAGAUAUAAAGACCAGACAGUUUUUGUACAAGGCUGUAAACUUUAACAUGGGAGUCUAUGUGGACUGACUCACUUUUGGAGCCUGCGUCCAGUUGUCAUUCGAAGAACUGCAGUUUUUGGUUCUUCCGUGUUGACUUCAUUUUCCAGCCUUAAAGAUUACUACUUGACAUUAACGUGGGAAGGGCUGUAGCCAUAAAGCCAAAACAGAGUCUUUGUCUAGAUACAUAGUACUGUACUUUUCAAUCAGAGUAAAUGUGGGUGUGAACAUGGCCUAAAGCUGAGGCUCAGAAAACAAAAAACAAUUACCUAAUGAUGCUAAGAAAAGGGGAACUGCAGAUUUGGCAUAUGGCACAGGCAAAAAGAUAAUAUUUAGACUACUUGUUAUAUUACAUACUGUCCCAUUUUACAUACAACCUGUUGUAACUUCUCAUAGAUUGACAUCUACCAAUCCCAAAUCAGUCAGCACAGUAAUCACUCAUCAUUGUCAUUCACUGGUGCUUUGCAACAUGGUUAUUUUGCACAGCUCCUGUUUUGCGGUCAAGUGCACAUGGGUUCCCCAUCAUUGUGUCUGUAUUUAUUCAUUGUAACAGUGAGAAAAAGUUCCAUUAUUCAUCAAAUAAAUUGCCUAGCUGUGGCCACAAUGUGCCAUCCAUGCUUCAGCCUUGAGGACUUACAUGGAGAAAAACCUACUAAAAGGGUGACAAUCCUCAAGUUGCUUGGGAAGUUUCUUUAGUUUCAUCCACUAUUUAGGAAUGUGUACAUAUGUCUGGAUAUGGCAGAUCCCUAUUAAUGAUUGAUAAAACAGUGACUUUAUAAAAAAGUCUUGAAAUAGCUGAAAUGUAUUACUUUUGUAAUGGAUAAAACAAUAUCACCAAUAAAUAAUAUAAAGAUACAUGAAAAUAUUACUCACUGAUUACUUUGGAAUCAGUAAUAUAUUAAAGAACUUGUGAGAUUGUUGGCCUUAAGGCUUUACUAUGGUGAUAAUCAAAUCAGACUGGAUAUUUUCUGUGCAGUCAAUCUUUUGUUACUUUUGACUGUUUCAGUAUAACACACCAGAAUAGUUAAAGUAUGACAUGUAAAUGUUAUGAGUAAUAAAUUGUAUCACACACUA